AAAAAUUUCUUAGACGUAUAAAUUGUAGCAAGAAUAAAAAAAUUAGUGAAUAGCAAAAUGUUAUUGUUCACAAUCAAAAUUAAUGACCAAUUCUAAUGACGCAAUUUUCAGAAAAAUAGCACGCCAAAUCAUAGAUGUAUCGCUGAUCAAAACAUUUUAUUUAUCAAAUGCUUGUGUUGGAACAUCUCUAUGUCUCUUCUCUGAGAUGACUUUUAUUCUUAUGGUCCCCCAAGCAUUGUACUUUAUGGGAUGGGAUGAAAACGCAGUGGCCUGGGCGUUGUCACUGAAUGCUUUGGGAGAUUUAGUGACGAGAACUAGUUUAAUAUUAAUGAGCAGUGUACUGGCUAAACUCGGGAGCCGUGAGAUUUAUAUUUUUGGACUGUUCUUCGCAUUUGGGACCAGACUUGGGAUGCUGUGGUCUGACAACAGAAUAGCAAUUAUAGCAUUCAUGACAUUAAUGGGAUUUUCACGUUGUACUAUCAUGGUGCUCACUCCAGUCGUAGUGGCGGACUCUGUCCCCCUUGGGAAAUUCUCGUCUGGCAUGGGAAUGGUGUUUUUGAUGUUUGGCAUUUUCAAUCUCACUAUUGGUCCAGUUGUUGGUGCAGUACGAGACUUGACCGACAGCUACGCAACUGCGUUUUACAUUUUAACCUCGUUCUUUGGAAUCGUGUUAAUGUUCUGGUCAAUUGAACUAUUCUACAAAAAAACUAAGCACAAGAGACGAGCAAAGAAGGACAGUAUCUUGCCAAAGCCAUGACAAAAUUCAUCUAAAAGAAUGUUCUUCAAGACAGUAGUAAAAUUGAAUAACGCCUAAUAU